GCCCAUGUUGUAUGCUCUGUGAUUUAUAUUCUCAUAAUUUGUCUGUAUUUACAGAUUAUCCCUGGAGUAACAUGUGCAACAGACAUUAUUUCUCUACCUGUGUUAGAGUCCCAAAACUCCAAAGGCUUCUGGGAGAAACUCAACUCAAACUUGGAGAGUGUGAAGUAUGCAGAGCCCCACUUGCACUACCAGAACAAUGUGCUCCGGAGGGAGUGGCAUAACCUUUCAGAACAGAGAGAGGACAGAGGAACCACAGCGUAUUUGAGGAAUAUUUUUGAAAAUGCCAAAAAGGUGCUUUCUCAUCUGGACACGUGGGACUCCGAGGAAAGGCUAGUACCUCUCUUUCAAGAGGAGGAUUAUCAGCAGCAAUUACUAAUGGGACUGAUGGUUGCUCAGCUAAAGGAUCACCUUAUGAGACAUCUCCAGUAUGUAGGAAAAAAGAAGAUUGACCAAAUAGUUUUGAAUUACGUUGCAAACCUGCUGAAUCUGGUACAUCAAAUAAUGAAAGAAGUUUGGAGGAGAUACCAGCUUCAUUCCUGCAUCUUCUGCUUCGAUGAGAGAGGAAGUGCAAGAGAGUUUGCGGUGUUCCACAUCAUGAGUCGGAUUUUGGAAGCUGCAAAUGGCAUGUGCAUGCCUUUACCUCCUGGUUUUCACACUCUGCACUUGGGGCUUGGUGUUCGAUGUCUCCCUCUGCACACCCUCCUGCACUACAUUGAUAGUGGAGUCUUGCACUUGACAGAAACAUGUGUUGGGAAACUGCUGAAAGAUCUGGGUGACACUGAGGAGAAUGAAAAGCUGAAGCUGAGUAUUGUCAUGAGGCUUCCUGAGGCUCUUGGUCAAAAGGUCCGCCAGUUUUGGAAUCACCCCAUAAAUGCUAACUUCAUUGCACGGAACUAUGUGAAGCUUUUGUUUGAGAAGCUGGGGAACGGGCAGUGCAGCAGGCCUGUCCCUGAGAGACUCUCCGUCCCUCUGGAGUUUUUGCCACUCAACUACCUGACUAAUAUGCUGGCAGAGAUAGAGAAUCAAGAUGUUCGUCCAUACGAACGACAAGACCAUGUUAAUAUAAGAUUUGUGGAGGAAACAGCACUCAGACACACGGUGACGCUUUUGGGCCUCAAAUAUUCCUGA